CUCUCUUCAGUACAUCUUCCUCCUCCGCCGCUCUCUUCAGUCUCAGUCAACGUCCCGCACCGUCCGCCGCCACCCCCACCCGUCAAGCGCUCUCAGCCUCUCCCGCCGGCUGCUUCGGCUUCGAACGCAGCGGCCGCGCAGCACAUCCUCACCGCUCCCUCUCUUUCUUCUUCAGUCUCCUCCAUGACUCCUAAAGAGAACGACGACCCGUCACCGAACGCAGAAAUCCCGCCUCCACAUCUCAUGCCCCCUAUCGAUGACGACGGCGAGAAACCGCCGUUCUCGUACGCGACUUUGAUCGGAAUGGCUAUCCUACGCGCCCCCAACCGACGCCUCACACUCUCUCAAAUAUACAAGUGGAUAAACGAUACAUUUGUCUACUAUCGGUCCUGCGACCCAGGCUGGCAGAACUCCAUCCGCCAUAACCUCUCUCUCAACAAGGCCUUCUCGAAGCAGGAACGGCCUAAGGACGAUCCCGGUAAGGGUAACUACUGGGUCGUCGAGCCUGGCUCGCAGUAUCUCUUCAUGAAGACGCGUCCUCGAAAAGCUCUCGCUUCCUCUUCUUCUGCCCAGUCAUCUUCUCAGAAUGCCUCUGGAUCCAAUACCCAGGAACGCUACGAUGCAGGCGCGAAUGCGGACACGUCGCCCACCCUAUCACGCGUCGCUCGAGCCACAAAAUCUGAGUCGGCUCUGCUGCAGCCUCUGGCGAAACGAGGGGCAGACUAUGCGCUUUCUUCUUCGCCGGACAUUGUCGUCAAGCGCGCACGUACUUCUGCAAACGACGCGUCUGCCGCUCCCUCUCUGCAGUUUCCGCCGCAGCCGCAUAAUGUGAAGAACGAGUUCGCGACUCCGAUGCGUCCUGCAUCUCGUGGGAAUGCGCCGACGUCGGUGUCGUCUUCUGCGGUAGCUCCAGGGCUCUCGUUCGCGUCGUCGUCGUCUCCUGCGCCGGGCAUGCCAUCUACGCCUGCUACCAGUGACGUGAACUCGUCAUUGCUUUUGCCCGUCAGCAACUUCACUGAUAAAAAGAAGAACAAUGCUACGCGUCGGAGGCCAACCAGCGCGAAAAAUAACGCGUCGCGGGCGAAAAAGCAGGCUUCUCUGCCAAGUUCUCGUCGACAAACAAGUUUCCCUCUCUCAGUCGACUCCACCGGUCAUUCUCUUGACACAGACGACGAUGAAGCGGACAGCUUCUACGAGAACGAUGAGGACGAGCUCAGCAAGUCGUUAUUUGACGGCAACCACCCGUCUCUUUCUAUAUCUCCCAACACGUCCUUGCGGAAUCAUCGCGCACAUAUCCGUCUGAUGACCUCGCCGGUCGUCGGCUCUCUUGCAGUUCCUAGGGACGAUGCAAGUGGACUGUACUUCAACCCGCCGGCGACUGCUCCUCUCCACAACUCUCACCAACCAUUUGCAAAGUCGCCGCUGCGGAGUAGUACGCCGCAGAAGCAGCAGUAUGAGGCGACUACAUUCUCUCCGCUAAGGCCUCAACGGCAAGCAUCGGCAUCUCCUUUUGGCUCACCAAUCUAUCUUCGCCAACAUCACCAACAGUUCAUGUCUCCACAAAGGAAGUUGCUCGCACACUCCACUUUUACAUUCGACGAGUCUGGAUCUCCAGUAGUGCCAGCACACGCGUUCAUGGGCCAGCAAGUAGGCCUGGGCGCAGUGCAGAUGAACGACGACGAUGAUGAUCUGACACGAUUUUGUUCAUCGCCAGACAAGCGGGGAACCAAAAUGAAGCCUCAGUUUUUCUUUGAUGAUUUCUUCUACUACGGUCGACACAACGGUGGCAGCAUGCUCGAUGGUGACCGUCGGAGUAGCGAUGGCGAUACAGAAGACGAUCUGCAAAGCGAGAAACGGCAUGAUUCAAACAUCGGCGUCGAGGUCUUCGGAGUCGACGUAUGCGGGGUCGUGCAGCGCGCUGUCGAGUUUAAUCGGGAAAAGCGCGAACUCGGCCAAGGCAUUUCUUUCGAUUCGUCAAAGAGCACCGAAGCCGCUGCUCAAGAGAUGAGUUUCAACCUCCAGCAGAGCGAGUCGCGAUCUCGAGAACCCACUGCUGGUGAGAGUGAAGAGGUGCGUGCAAUGCGCGCGCAUGGGAUGUUUCGAACGAUGACGUUUUAAUAUAGAGAUUUUUAUGGUUUUGCCUUUGUUUUCUAUUUCCUGCUUAUUGGUCCAGAUUGGUUGUGAAUUGACAGCGUUCAGUUUUUCCGUUUUAAUGCCUGUUUCUUUGUUUUUUUCUCCUUUUUAUCUUAUCUGCACUUUCAAUUUCUAUUCUUGGGAUUUUCGGGGGUAUUUUUCCAUGUUCUGUGUUACCGGUGGAGUUUUAUUGUCAAAUUUUUUGUUCCCUAGUGAUGGAUGGUAUCCUAUUUUAUGACAAAAUAGUGUAUGAUAUGAAUUUUUUGAGACCAGUGAAUUGUACUUUUAGUCAUACUUUUU